UUCUCCCCUCAUUCGACUUUGGGAAUAGCAUCCGCUACAACAGCAGCCAAGAUGAACGGCGAAGACCCCUCAGACCGCCCCGACUACAUCACAACGGUGAUCAACGGCCUCGAGCGAUACAACCCCGAGGCCGUCGGCACCCUCGAAACCUACCUCCAGGAGCAAUGUGACCAGAAGACCUGCGACUGCAAUGCGAACCGGACGCUGUUGAAGCUCUACCAGCUCAACCCUGACCGCAUGAAGGACGAGAUCGUCACCAACAUCCUCGUCAAGGCCAUGACCCAGUUCCCCUCGUCCCAGUUCACCCUCGCCCUCCACCUCAUCAACCCCUCCGCCGCCUCCACCGGCGAACUCCACGAGGCCCUCACCAAGCUCCGAACCCUCAACUCCCAGCUCCAGGGCGCCCAGUACGCCGACUUCUGGGCCGACCUCGACGGCGACGACCUGUGCGCCGACCUCAUCGCCGACGUCUCCGGCUUCGAGGACCUUGUCCGCGAGCGAAUCGCCACCCUCGUCUCACAGGCCUUUCGCGAAAUCAAGCUGUCUCACAUGGUCUCAUGGCUGGGCUUUAACGAGGACAAGACACGGAAAUUCAUCACCGAGGUUGCUGGCUGGACUAUCGAGGAGGACAACGUCAAGAUUCCUUCCAACCCCGACAACGAGGCCAAGAAGUCUGAGAUCCGCGAGGACGUCAACGUUGAUCAGUUCGCCAGAGUGAUUCGACGAUCCUGGGAGGAGACUGUAUAAAUUAUCCGUGUAAUCGUGGAAAGAGGCGUUGAUUAACUAGUAUUUUUGCUUAUACAGGGGGAAGGAAGAGAAGGCAAUGGAUAUGUCGACGGAACCAAUGAUGCGUAAUAUGACAUUGGCAUGAUGGCAUGGCAUGGUGCGGAGAUCUUAAAAAAAUUCGUCAGGCGUUUAAUAGGACAAAAACUGUUUAUUAAAAAGCGAUACAAGAUCAGCCAUGAAAUAGAACAGGCUAUCUUUUGGGCAUCACGUUCAUU